CCAAAACCGAAAACGUAGGCGUCGCCACCGCCGCCGCUCUCUUAACCAGCAAGGCUGCAAUACGCUCCCGCGCCGCAUUCCCCCUCAAUCCACUUCAUAGAGCCGAUGGCCAUGCACCGCGCCGCCGCGCUCGCACUCCGCCGCCUCGCCGCCGCAGCGACGGUGGCGGCUCCGAGACCCGUGUCCCUCCUCGCCCCUUUCCGUCCGGUGGCUGCGGCGGCCGCCACCAACACCGGAUUUCUUCUGCUGCCUACGACCGCGGCAGCAGCUGCUGCUUUGUUCACCCGGCGCGGUUACGCGGCACGCGGCGGCGGGGACCGGAAGGCGGUGAGCGAGGAAGAGGGUGAUUUUUAUGAUGAGAUUGAGUUCGAGACUAUGGGCAGCGACGUGGAGUUCUACGGCGACUACGACGACGAGGAUCUCGAUGUACUCGAGGACUCUGAGGAUCUUGAGCACGACGCCGGGCCCAGUCGCUGAAGGCGAUGAGCUGCAGAGCUCGGCUCGCUGUUUAUUGUGUUUGGUGCUUUUUUCCCACAGAGAAUUCAGGAAAAAAAACAGUAAGUUAGAACUCAACGCAUCAAUCAGCGUUGCGCUAAACAGCUUUUAAGUCGUGAUUGUUGGGUGCCUCAGUAGCAUAAUCUCCAUCUUGGUUAUUUUUAAGUCUUUCAGCUUUUAUUUAAGGCCGAGUUUUUUUAGACUUAGGGUACUUGUGUAACUAUAUAACUAUAUAUCUGUUCUAGAAUAUUUGUUGUUCAUUUUUAUAUAUUGAGGAACCUUUAUUAUAUAUGUAGAUGUAUACUAUCGGUGUUGAUGUAUAUUGAAGGAAUCUU